AAUGAGAUAAAUUACCAAAACCGGUUCUUAAUAUAACACUUUUAGAAUCAGUAAAAACCAAUAUGUGCCUCUUUGUCGAUGUUCAGAUGUUUUGAGAAAUCUCUCCAAAUCAUCACACAAGAUCAAACACGAGAUCAACCGUUUGUUGGAUGAGAUGUUGAGCUUGGAGAAACAAAGGCCUGAAUCGUCAUCAUCGGAGGAGGCGCAAGCUGUGACUCCGUGGGUCGUCUCCGAUAAUAUCUUAGUGCCGGUGAUGCUUAUUAUCUUUCAUCCUCCAAGAAACGCAGAGGUUUAAUCCCAAAGUUCAAAACUUUUCAUUCAUUUUUCUCUGGGUUUCGAAUUGAGUAAAGCUUGCGACUUUGUUGGGUUUUGUAGGGUGUUUGGAUCCAUAGAAUGGGAGGUUAUCAAAGUGGUUUCACCAAAAGCAACACACCAACCCAAACACCAUGAGGAACCCAAAAAGGAAAGACAAAGAGCGUGUGGAGAGAGCCCGUGUUCAUUCAGCUGUGUCCAUCGCAGCUCUGGCAGCUGGGUUAGCGUCUGUGACAUCCAGUGAAAGCUGCAGUAAAGAGUCAGGCUCCAUGAUGACGCUGGCUCUAGCCUCAGCCACCGAGCUACUGGCCUCACAUUGCAUUGAGAUGGCUGAGCAAGCAGGUGCUGAUCGUGAAUGUGUACUUGCUGCCACGGAAAUUAAAAGCUCAAGAGGAAAAGAGAGAACAAGACUACGCCAGCCACAGUUUCAGUAAUCCCAAAGUUGUUCACUUCUACCUUUAGGCUACCCAAGUUAAAGUCUCCACCUUCUCGAGCCAUAUAAGAUUUGAUUUUGUUACUGGCUGAUUGAGUUAGAUUUAGGGGAUUUAGAAAUCUGCAUGUUAUCUAUCUCUGUAUUUAGGAUCAUCCCUCUGAUGUAUAUUAGCUUAUAUAGUUCUUGACCUUAUUUAGAUUGGAACCUUACCAGCAGCUGUUACCUUUUUUUAUGUAUUAUUUGUGAGGUUUCCGCAUUGUAAUGUAACAAAGAUUUCAAGUGGAUUCAAUUGAAGAGUUGUGAUUUUGUUAGUCUAAUCUCUUGUUCUGUU